UUCAGUUGCUCCCCAGCGGCGCGCCUGCCACAGAGUGACGCGCAACGCCUGUUUCGAUGCGCUUGCUCAGUAUUGCGCGGCGUUUUGACUGAGCUGGCUGGCCAAAAAUCUGUUCCUGCCAGGGUGAACUCACUAACUAGGUCGAAAAAAGUUCUAUGGCACCUUGCGCCCAGCUCGUCAUCGGCCCCGCGGGCAGCGGAAAGUCGACUUUUUGCAGUAGCGUCUAUCAGCAUUUCUUAAGCUAUGGCCGCGCCGUCCACGUGAUCAACCUCGAUCCUGCCGCAGACGACUUCAAAUAUCCUGUUUCUGGUGAUGUCCGUACUCUCAUUUGCCUACCAGAUGUUAUGGAAGAAAUGAAUCUUGGUCCUAAUGGUGCUCUGCUGUACUGCAUGGAAUACCUUGAAGACAACCUCGAGGACUGGCUUUCUAUGACACUUGAAGGCUAUGCCGAUGAUGACUGCGUAAUUUUUGACUGUCCAGGUCAAAUUGAGCUGUAUUCACAUCACUCGACGUUUUGUUCAAUUGCCGAUCGUUUGCAAGCUUGGAGUUGGCAUGUUGUCACUCUUUACAUACUCGACGCCCAAUUUAUCAGUGAUGGAGCGAAGUACAUUGCCGGGUGUUUGCAAUGCCAAGCGGCCAUGAUGAAUCUUGAAUUACCCCAUGUAAAUAUUCUGAGUAAAGUUGACCUGGUUGACGAUAAGGUGACUUUGGAGCCUUAUUUGACACCUGAUCUGCAUUUUUUAAGUCGCACGCUGGAUGCAUCGAUGGAUAUGCGACAUCAUAAGUUGAACAAUAUGAUGUCAAGUUUGCUGGAUGAAUAUAGUUUGGUCAAUUUUCAUCCUCUGGAUCUUACUGAUGAAAACAGUUUAGUGAAUGUGCUCUACGCCAUAGACAGCUGCCUGCAGUAUGGAGAAGAUGCAGACGUGAAAACAUCUCGGGAGACGUCUUCGGAAGUCGCUUCUUUGGACAAUCACAGUGUCCUACUGUCUUGGAGUAGUUGAGUCGAUUUUGAGGGAACUUCAUAGGUAACGUGCUGAGGCUCGCCGUUCAUGGCACAGGUUUCACUGUCACCCCUGAGUUGACCUGUUUGUAACAUGCCGGAGUCCACUAUACGUGAUAGGUCGAUGCAUACAAUAAUUCUUACUAAGAUUCAACUCUAUGUGUCGAAUCAUGUAUUAAGGCAGAGUCUCAACUAACUGCUCGCUUGUAAGAAGUGACUUUGAAAAACGCGACUGCCGCGAGUUGGUGCAGCUUUUAGCGACGAAGUUGAUUAUUUUCACAGACAAGUGAAAAUGUCGUGCGAUACGAGAAAUGCUCGGGUCAUGAAUAGUACCUCUGUAUAGGCUUCCAUGGCAAAGAAGUUCACGUGACAAUAAUAUUACUGAGAAGAUGUGGAAAGG